CCGCAAUGCAUUGUGGGCCAGUGCAGUCAGUGACAGCCGCCAUGAUUCCUACAGUAGUCGGACAGAAAAUGGACGCUUCUGUAGCGUUAACGGAGAACUAGUUGGUUGUGGCGACUUCCCCUACAGUUUAAACAGCCGUAUCCAGAACAAGAUUUGCAUCGCUUUUUCAAAACUGCGGGCCGGUUUAGUCCUGGAAGCUACACUGCAAGGUGUUGCGGAGUUGAUGCUACUGGUGUUAGCUAAGCCAGCUAGUCUGCGUCCACAAAACACUCAAAGCUAGUUAGCUGUUGGCAGCUAGCUCGCUAGCCGAUACACAUCGCUCCGGUACAGUUCAAUUCUCUGCUAAACCACGGAUGAUGAUUCGCCGGACCGGGUCUACGUCGUAAGGUAUGGCCUGGCUCUGACUGUAAGGUGCUGGUAAUGGCAGAAGGGCUUAGCAUUGGCGAAAUGCCCUCCUUUGACCUGAGUACAAAUUCUGAAGCAAAAAAGAGACCAAAUUCAUCGGAUGGCAGAGAAGAGCCUAUAAGGAAAAUGCCCAUAUCAAAGUUUGGUGCCAGAGCGCGCUUUGAGCCUGUGCACUUUGUCAGUGGGGGGAGCAGUGGCGGCGGAGCCGGCACUGAUGAGAAGGAGAACGACAAGGAGCGCAAAAGGAGCGACCCCCAUGGCGCGCGGCCAUGGGAGGCCGAGCAGCCCUCCUACGGCGGCGGGAGGGCCCAGGGUUACUCCGCCCCCAGGUCCGCCUUCGACAGAGUGCCGUCCUUCGGCUCGGACUCCUGGAGGGAUCGGGACAGGGACAGGACCCGGGAUAGAGACAGAGACGUCCCCUCGGGAAGCACGAGUACCGGCCCCGGUCUAGGCUAUGCGGCCCGCGGGGCCACCUCCAACUACAUGGCCAAGACGCAGCAGGACUACACCGCGAAGUACGAAGCGCACGGCUCCCGGGGUUCCGAUUCCUACUCGCAGCCCACCAGGCACGAGGGGUACAGCGGAGGGAACCGAUCGACAGCGUGGGACGCCGGGCGGCAGGGGUCGGGCUACGGUCCCCAGGACCGGCCCUCCUCCUCCUCCUCCUCCUCCAGCCGGCCGUUCAGCCGGGUCUACAACAGCCCAGGCAGGGUCAGCCCCAGCCAGGCACAGUCGGCGGCGCUGCCCCCGCCUCGGCCCAUACCCUCAGCCCUCAUGGAGGAGAAACAGCGACUGAUCACCAGCGUGUCCGCUGCACUAGCCGUCUCCUUAAGAGACCCCAUGUACAUGACCGGGACCGACUCGCCCAACUACAACUUCAUGCUGAGCCGCAGCAUCCAGGCCUGCAAGACCAACCCCGAGUAUAUUUAUGUCAACCUGAAGGAUAUCCCUCAAGCCGACCUCCCGAAGAACAGGAAGGUACUGACGGAAGGCUACGCGUGCGAGUUGAGGUGCCAGUGUGUUUAUCUCGCCACUGGAUACUCGGGCAGUAAGAACGGAGCCAGGGACCGUGCCUCAGAGCAGGCCGUGAAACUCUUCCUGAAGCCGGCUGAAGUUCGUAUUGUGCAGCGCAAGUAUAGACACUCUAUUGUCACCGACAUCGUGGUAUGUCAGAUGCACAGUCCCACCCCAGCCUUUUUGCCUGCCCUUCGUAAUCCAGAGGACAAGCCGACGCCUAGCUCGAAGGGCCAAUAUGAGCCUGACAAACGUAAACACUGGACAGAAUUUGUGGUCGUUGACAACGCUCACGAUGCCAUAUGCAUACUGAACAACUCUGCCGCCUUUAACCGCAUGAAGAUCGACUACAAGUUUGACCUGGUCCCAAACAGCAGUUACUGGCUCUGUAGCGUCUACCUGCAGGAGGAGCUGGUGGCCCAGUCUAGGGGCACGAAGAAGAGCUCGAAGCACACAGCAGCCGAGGAGGCAGUGAGGAAGCUGCGCAUGAAUCAGGCAGCCCGGGAACAAGAGCAGCAGCAGCAGCAAGAGCAGCAGCAGCAACAGCAGCAACAGCAGCAUCCCAGAGGCAACCAUCAGUCGGAUCCCUCUAGUGGCUGGUUUGGCCAACAGGUCGGCAGGAAAAAGCACUUGAGUGAGUUGGUUAUUCUUGAAAACUCGGAUAAUGCCAUCUGCAUCAUCAACGACACUGCUCAGUUUAAUAAAGUAUCGGCCGACUACAAGUUUACCGUGUUGCCCGACCACCGCUGGAGAUGCGAGGUGUACCUGGAAGGACAGUAUGUCGCCGCGGGACUCGGGCCCAAAAAAAUAGUGAAACACAUCGCAGCGGAGGAGGCCCUGGCUACCUUGAGACAGACGCAGGCCGUGGUUAAGUCCAACCUCAGGAAGGACGGUCACUGCGAUGCCAUAUCACGCCAUCAGAUCCUGGCGCGUUCGAAUGAAGAGAGCAUCAAGCAGGAGAUCAAGGAGGACAACAUCGGGAACCAGCUCCUCCGCAAGAUGGGCUGGAAGGGGGGUGGACUGGGCAGGGACGGCGAGGGGAUCGCAGAGCCCAUCAAGGUCAAGGAGCAGUUCUCCAGAGAAGGUCUCGGCAUGGACAUGGACAAGCCUUCGAAUCAGCUCAGCAAGCGAGACAUCGAAGACAUCAUCCGAAACUACGCCACCUCCGAACGUCAAGAUGACCUGCGCUUCUCCAGCGACCUGAACAACGACGAGCGAAAGCAGAUCCACCACAUAUCCCAGAAAUACGGCCUACGCAGCAAGUCGUACGGACAGGGCCGGCAACGCUUUCUAGUUGUCAGCCGCAAGGUACAUAAAGACCAGCUCAUCGGUCAGCUGCUACAGGAAGGGCAGGUGGGCCGCUACGAGCUGGUGAAACCUCAGGCGUCUCACUGAUCUGCAUGAACACUUGUCGUUGGCAUGGACCUCGGGACAAAUGUAUGACCGUCGUAUUCAUACUGGAGACCGACUCGUACCACAAUACAAAACAGAUUAAUAGUAGGGUAUCUUUUAGAAACUCGGAUGUUUCUACAUUCCUCUGCCGUUAUGGUUUAAGCCUGAAAAAGGUUUUAGUUUUAAAAAAAGAUUGCCAUUCCACAAGUCUAUUGUUUGUCUCUGCACUACAUGCUUGUUUUCAGUGCUUUCAUAUUCAAAUGCCUUGGUUAUUUGUUCAUUAAACAUCGCUGAAAUUUGGCCAGAAACCCUUCUUUUUUUCCCCUCAAUAACUUUCACUGUAGCAGAAUAUGCAACUACAUGUUAAGUACCAUGACAGCGAAGAAAACUAUAUGCCCAAUCUUACGUUGAUAGAACUCAAAUUCAAAAUAGCACUUGCAAUGUGUAUUUUCAAUUGAAAGCUACGUGUUAAACUAUCUUCACAUGGAAUUGUGAAAGCUGUGAUCUUGUUAACUGUCUGGUGUUUCAUUUGUGUGAAUGUCUGCUUGUUUUACAUGUGAUUGAAUAAAUUAAACCGGAAACCAACUAAACGUU